GGAGGGUUUCGCAGGCAAAUGAUCCUGUCCCUGUCCAGGCCUCGGCAUAAUCAAGUCGAACUUUUGGGGAGCAUCUGACAAGUGGUAAUGGUAUAUAUACUGCGCAGCUUUGGUUAUGUUGCGAACUUCUCUUCCUCACAUCUUUUGAGACUCAGAAACUUGCUCGAAACUCAUCUCCAUUUCUUUUUCUGUCAAUUCACUCACUCACUUCGUCUGCAUUCCAACUCACACCCGUCACACGAUCACAUCCCAUUUUGAAGAUAUAUUAACACGACCUUAACGCCUUCGCUGACAUUAGGCUCGCCAGCCUUUGCCUCGGUCUUUUCGCCUUUGGCAGCAAUGCCACGCCAUUGGCAGAUCCUGGCCUGGUUGUAGAAGCAUCGAGCAGAAGGGAUUCUUCAGACACACAGAUUACUGUAGCGGAGCUAGAGAAUUUUCAGCUGUAUGCAAUGUAUGCCGGUGCAAGCUAUUGUCCAGUUGGUAAAGCUGGCCGCCCUUUGUUCUGUACAGGUGAUAUCUGUCCCGAUAACGCCACGACUUUUGCUACUUUCUCGGGCGCCAUCUCAGACAUCAGCGGCUACAUCGCCAUCAACGAGUACAUGUCCAACAUUGUGAUCGCUGUGCGCGGCAGCUCGGACCUGCACAACUGGAUAACAAACCUGCGGUUCCUGCAGACGGGCUGCUACUGGGGCAGCGACUGCCGGGUCCACGAAGGGUUCCAGCAGGCGUACCAAGACAUCCUGAACGACAACUUCUACGAGUCGCUGCGGCAGGCGAUCGAGGACUACCCGUCGUACAACAUCACGGUGACGGGCCACUCGCUGGGCGGGGCCGUGGCGACGCUGCUGGGCGUCUACGCGCGCGAGGAGUUCCCCGACGUUGGCGCCAUCGACAUCUACACGUACGGCUCCCCUCGCGUCGGCAACCUGCCCCUCCUGACCUACGUGCACAACCAGCCCGGCGGCCGCGAGUACCGCCUCACGCACUUCGACGACGUCUUCCCCCGCCUACCGCCCAUGUCAUACCUGGGCUACGCCCACAGCAGCGCCGAGUACUGGCUCAAGUGGGGCCCCGCCGACCGCGUCGACUACGUCCCCGGGAUGAUCGCCAAGUGCUGGGGCUUCCUCAACGGCGACUGCAACGCCGCGGGCUGGUACCCGGGUCUCAGGUCCCACCUCUACUACCUCGUCGCCAUCAGCCACUGCGGCGGGGCCCGCAGCCGGCUGUCGUUCGGGGGGCUGCCCAUCGACGAUGCUCCUACUUGGAACGCCACGGUCAUGGAUAAGGAUACGAUCGAAAGGCUGGAGAUGUUCGCCGAGAUGGACCAGCAGUACGCCGCUGCCAUGUCGACUAUCUCGGAUCCUGAGUAUGCGUGA